CUCGAAUUGUUAUUUCGUAAAUUUCCACUUUACAGUUUAGCCUUGCAACUGGCCGCUGCUGGUUGAUAAUUGAGGCCCAAGUUUCCUCAUCAUGUCUCGCGCGACCAGGGCCUUCAAAGUGCUGAUUUCGCAUCCAAAUGUCCCAGCCCCGGCUUUGGAACUGCUUCGAUCCCGUGGAGCGGAGACCGUCAUCUGCCAGAGUGUGCCGCCCUCGAGGGAGGAGAUCCUGCGGAAGGUGCCCGGAGUGGAUGCCAUCUAUUGGGCCCACUAUCAGCCCCUGAAUGCCGCAAUCCUCGAUGCUGCCGGAUCCCAGCUGCGUUGCGUGAGCACCAUGUCCUCCGGAAUCGAUUUUGUGGAUAUUCCCGAGUUCCAACGGAGGGGCAUCCCAUUGGGCCACACACCCGGGGUGGUGAGAAAUUCGGUGGCCGAUCUCGCCAUUGGCUUGAUGAUUGCAGCCGGUCGUCACUUUCACGCCGGUCGCACCGAAAUCGAGAGGUCCCAAUGGAAAAUCGAGCAGAUCGACUGGAUGAUGGGCCAGGAGAUUCGCGAUUCAGUCAUCGGUUUCUUUGGUUUUGGCGGUAUUAGUCAGGCCAUCGCCAAGCGACUGCAGUGCUGGGAUGUGGCCAAGAUCAUCUACCAUACCCGCACCCGAAAGGAAAACGAUGGCGACUUCAAGGCAGAGCACGUGUCCUUCGAACAACUUUUGCAGGAAAGUGACUUCCUGGUGGUGGCAGCUCCGCUUACAAACGAAACUAGGGAGAAGUUCAAUGGAAAGGCUUUUGACCUGAUGAAGAGGAGCUCUGUGUUUGUCAAUGUGGCCAGAGGAGGUCUCGUAAAUCAAACUGACCUCCACGACGCCUUGACAACUGGUACAAUUUUUGCCGCUGGCCUGGAUGUGACCACACCAGAACCACUGCCCGCCAAUAGUCCCCUUCUCAAACUGCCCAAUUGUGUUAUCCUUCCCCAUAUGGGCACUCAGACAAUGAAGACCACCAUUGAAAUGAGUUUGCUUGCUGCCAAUAAUAUUUUGAAUGCCAUCGAAGGGCAGCCCAUGAUAAGGCCUGCCUACUAAGAAGAUGUAAAAUGUGAAUACUCGGAUCGGAAUAAUAAACGAUAUUAGGCAAAAAAUGUCGAGCAUAGUACGCAG